UUGCUAAUUAAUUUUUAAUAAUAAAUCAAAAAUAUUUAUAAAAGAAAACUGCUGAUAUUGAUUUUUUCGCUAGAAAAUUUAGACAAUAUACGAUUAUGCAAAGUUCUCAUAACUUUACCAAUUAAUUCUACAAAAAAUACAAUCCUCAACCUUAAUAACAAAUCUAUAUUUUCUUGGCGUAUAUGACGGAUCUAAGGAUAGCGGUGGUGUGCAGCAGUAACAUGAACCGGAGCAUGGAGGCUCAUCACCUGCUCUCCAAGCGGGGAUUUCGGGUACGGUCAUUCGGCUCAGGAACCAAUGUCAAAUUACCAGGUUUAGCCCAGGACAGGCCAAAUGUUUACGAUUUUUCGACCCCUUACGAGGUCAUCCUCAGGGAUUUAACCAGGCUGGAUGAGCCGUUUUACACACAAAAUGGCAUACUUAAUAUGUUGGACAGGAAUCGAAGGAUCAAGAUCCGCCCGGAAAGGUUUCAAGAUUACUUCACCGAAAUUUUGGCCAAAAGAUCUCGCCCAUCCGCUCAGGAUAACAAUGUCGACGUAAUUGCCCAGGAAAAUAAAGAUAUCGAUAAGUUCGACAUUAUAUUUACCUGCGAAGAGAGGGUGUACGAUCAAGUCGUGGAAGAUUUGGAGAAGCGGAAUUGGGAUUGGAGCGGAAGCGCUAAUAAUUCUAAAAAAGGCGAACUUAAAGGCAAAGAUGUCCAACUAGAAGAAAAUUACACCAAUUCCUACGAGCCUGUCCACGUGGUCAAUAUUGACAUAACCGAUAAUCAAGAGGAAGCCACCCUGGGAGCCUUUUUGUUUUGCGAAAUUUGCGAAUUGAUGCGCGAAUCGGAGGACUUGGACAAUGACAUUGACGAGAUUUUGACGGAGGUCGAACACAGCUCCGACCGCACCAUCCUGCACACCCUGUGUUUUUAUUAAUAUUAUUUAUUUAAGUUGUACCCUAUAAAAAAAAUAGAAUCUGAGCAGUGAUUAGGGAGUUUAAAAAAAAUUACUUAUUACUUCACCUCAUAUAACAAUUUUAUUUAUAUAUAUACAUACAUACAUAUUUUUACAAUAUAAUAAUGCAUGGAGUAAUCUAUAAGAAGUCAAACAAAUAUAUCCUAAGGUGAUGAUCUAUAAAUUAUACUAUUUUUCAGAUGCCACUUCCGACACUUAUAUAAAAAAAUAUAUACUUACUGAAAAACAUCAUACACAUUUGGAACAGAUUUUUUUUUCUUUCUUUUCCUUCAUCUUGAAUUACAAAUUGCUGCCAGUCGCGUUGAACGUCUGUUUCAGAUAUCGUGGAACCUCCAACUAGAUUUAAAUUAUGAAUUCGAAAUUUCUCUUCGGAUUGUUUUAUUAGUUUUUUUUAUCUAGAAAAGUGUCAGGCAAAAAGAAGAUAAAAACCAUAUAAUACAAAUUUCCAUUUCAGAUGUCCAAAAUCUCUUUAUUAAAAUUUGAAAAGUUUUAAAACUUUAAAUCAAUCCUAUCCAUAUGGUAUAAUUAUUAAUU